AGGGUUCGCUCCAUUGCAGCCAUUUUCCCUCACAUUCGUGGGGUAACUGUUCAUUGUCAUCAUGGAGAUCGAUGAUUUGGACGACGAAGAGUUGGCAUUUUCCAGGAAUUAUUUUCUGGCGAAGGAAUUGGGCGGCUCGAAGAAGAAAUCUUCGCGGAAACUCGCCGACAUUGACGUCGUCGACGAACAGGAAUUAAGGGCGGCGGCGGCGAAAAUUGAGCCUAAGCAUGAGAAAGAAAUUGCGGCUCUGAUAGCUAGCUACAAAAGUUUGUACUCCAAGUGGGAGUUUGAGCUCAGAUGCGGUUUUGGACUUCUAAUGUAUGGAUUUGGUUCGAAGAAGGCCUUGAUUGAGGAUUUUGCUUCGACAGCAUUGACGGAUUAUUCUGUUAUAGUUAUCAAUGGCUAUCUUCAAUCAGUCAAUAUUAAACAGGUUAUAGUAGCCAUAGCUGAAGUACUGUCGGAUCAGUUGAAAUCCCGAGUUAGAAAUGCAUCAGGUAGCACAUCUAAAGUUCAUCAGCCAUUUACCUCGCGAUCCAUGGACGAUCUGUUUUCAUUUUUGAAUGGAUCAAAUGAGGAAGACAAGGAUUGUUUUGUUUGCGUUGUGAUACACAACAUUGAUGGAGCUGGGUUAAGAGAUUCUGAAACUCAGGAGUAUCUUGCCCGAGUUGCUGCUUGUUCCCAUGUUCGAAUUAUUGCCUCCAUUGACCACGU